GGGCCUCGGGGCGGACGGGACCAAUCCAGAUUCGGGAAACGCCCCCCGCGCGCCGGAAAGCCCCCCCCCCCGGGCCGAGACGCGUGUCGGGAAGGUUGUCUGAACCCGGCGGGACUGAUCGGACGCUCGGGAGCCCCUCGAUGCCGAUGUCCCCGGUGCGAGGGAGGGCGAGCGGCCUGGAAGAGGCGCUCAGGGAGCGGGCUGGAAGGCCGAGCCGGGCCUCGGGGCUGGCGUGGGGGUGGCGCCGGGGCCAGCCUUGCUCCGGGGCCCCUGGCAGCGGCUGCCAGCUCGCCCGCCUCCGCCCUCCGCGCCGCGUUCCGGGUCUCCUAGCAACCGGGAGAAACUUUCCCGCGAGCAGAACGCCGCCGCCCGCCGCUGAUGCCGGAUCCCGGCCCGGGGCCGCCUGCGAGCCGCGAGCCUCCCCAGGGCAGCGGGACCAUGAGCCGCAGCCUCUCCUUCGUGGAGCUGAUCAACCUGGCCAUCGGGACGCCGGAGCUGGGCAAUGUCAACUUCAACGCGCUGCACCUGUUCCUGCACAGCCUGGUGGAGCACCUCCGCCUGCAGGACCUGAGGAGGGAGGUGUCGGCGGAGGAGCUGGAGUUCAUCAAGCCACCCCCCAGCUCCGGGGCCUCUGCAGCCACCUCGGCCACCGAGGCCCUCCCGGCGGUGCAGAAGUCCAGUUCCAUCUUCCACCAGAUGCAGGAGAGGAUCACCGCCAUCGAGAAGCAGCUCCGGUUCCUGAAUGAGCCCCCUGACACGGUAGAGCUGCUGGCCCGCAGCCAGGGCAUGGGCCAGCCCGCCCUGGACAUGUGGCAGAUGAUGCAGCUGAAGAAGAAGAUGGAGCUGAAUGAGGAAGGCAUGACCAAGGCCAUGAACACGUUGCAGGACCUGCUGAAUAGCAUCUGCUCUCUGAAAAUCGCCACGGAGGGCUUUCAGCAAGAACUGGGGCAGCUGAAAGAAGAGGUUGCCCAGAUCAACGGAGAAGAAAUGAAAGAGCGGCUGCUGAGCCUGGACAAACAGGCCAGGAUGAUGGAAGAAAUGAAGGAGCAACUGGGCCUUGUAAAAGAAAGGGUCAGCCUGUCUGCAAGUGCCUCGAAGGUGGUGUCCUGGAGUGCCCUUUGCGAGACGCUCACCGGCAAAACCUUCGAGGAAGAGGAAGAUGGCAGAGAGAAAGAGGACGGGGGCAAAGAGGAAGAGGACAGGAGCAGAGUGCAAGAGGACAGGAGCAGAGUGCAAGAGGACGGGAGCAGAGUGCAAGAGGACAGGAGCAGAGUGCAAGAGGACAGGAGCAGAGUGCAAGAGGACAGGAGCAGAGUGCAAGAGGACAGGAGCAGAGUGCAAGAGGACAGGAGGGGCAGAGCAGAAGAGGACAGGAAGGGCAGAGCACCAGAGGACAGGAGGGGCAGAGCAGAAGAGGACAGGAGGGGCAGAGCAGAAGAGGACAGGAGGGGCAGAGCAGAAGAGGACAGGGGCAGAGAGAAGACAUCCCGGGAGAUCCUCGCUGUUCUGAGCCAACUGCCCGAGAAGCACGAAGCUCUCCUGAAGCACAUCACUCAGCUGGAGGCCCAGUUGAAGUAUCCAGCAGGCCCUGCAGCUUUUGAAAUGCCCCCCGAGCUGAAGUCGCUGCUGGAACGGAUGGAGACAUUGCAAACUCAAAGCCAGCAGGGAAAGGAGUCUCUGCAAGAGACCCUGGAGCAGAUGGAGAAGCUGAGGGAACAAUUUGAAAACCUGCAGCAGGGAGUGGAGAGGUUAUCCAGGAGCAGCACGGAGAUGCAGAUCAUACGCAACCUGUUGCAUCAGUUGGAUGUCAAGAAAGCCGAUAAAGACUCGAUUCAAGAGGAGAUGAAUGUGAAAGCUGACAAGAGCGCGCUGGAGGCAAUGGUGAACCACGGGCAGCUGCAGUUGGCCACCAGCCAACUCAGCGAGAUGAUGCAGGAUCUGCUGCAGAAGAUGUCCCUGCAGGACAAGGACUGGCAGAAGGCGCUUGAGAAGCUCUUUGUGGACAUGGACUGCAAGUUGGAUCGCUUGGCCCUGGACCCCGUGAGCCGGCAGCUGGAGGAGGUGUGGAAGUUCAUCAAGAAGUACCUGAGUGAGGGGCCCCGCUUUGAUGCCGACAGCGCAGCUGGCUUCAAGAAGCAGCUCUUUGAGAGAGUGAAAUGCAUCUCCUGUGACCGGCCAGUGACCAUGAUGACUGGGCCGCAUAUGAUCACUGUCCGGAAGGCCACGCUGAAGCCUCGUCCAGUCAGUGCCAGUGGCUAUGAAUACCUCUUCCACCAGCAGAAAAGGGAUCAGGAUCCGAGCGAGAUGAGUGGCAACCCCCCUUUGCAGACCUGCUGGCAAUGCCAAGCCCAGCAGCAAGCCUGCGCCCUCAAGCACCUGUCCCGGGCCCAGGACUUCGCCACCCUCUACCCCUAUGGGGACCCCACUGCCAUCACCUACGACAACACUGAGGUAGACAUUCUGGGGGUGAACGGAGUCCUCUACAAAGGCCGAGUGAGUUCACAUGCAGCAGAGCGGACUUUUGCCCUGCAGAAGGAAUUUGCAGCUCUGAAGAUUCCCCGGCCUCCGACGGGGGUGCGAAUGGAGAGAGUCCGCUCUGCCUUUGCAGACAUCAGUGCAGUGCCCUACCCCCCCUCCAUCCUCCGUCGAGUGGGGUCUGCAAUAGCUAACAGCAACCAGCGACCGCAGCAGCUUAGCUGUGAUCCUGUGGACAGAACAGUCAUCGGUGCCACCCUCAGCGAAAGCCACGUUCAGAACGAAAGGGACGUUCCAGGCCUGGGCAGCCGUAGCUUUUAGCAGACUCCUUCCCUGAAGAUUUUGGUCAUCCCUGCCAGAUCUCUGAUGCUAUAACGGAAGAAGUUGCUUCCCGUCCAUCUGAAACAGAGGCCACAGACUUGCCUGGCUUUCAAAGGAGAGCGGCUGUGUCCACAACUACCAUCAUGCCUGACUUACGUCAGAUGUUCAGCAGAUCAUGGGCUAACAUGGUGCUUCUCUCCAUGGUGAACCAGGAUUCCCAAACAAAACAUUCAUUAUGAUGACAGUGAACACAAGUAUUCCUGGGGCCAAGAUCUGCCAGGGAUUCCAGUUUGGGCCCUGGCAUCUUCAGAAACCUGACCAAUGUGCCUCUCCUUCCCUUUCCGUAUGGGACCCCGGAGAUAUUCCUGAUACUGUCCCUGUCUCAGCCAUGGCCCAGGAAAGCAUUCAUCUAGUGAGAAAAUGAUUCUAUAAAGAUUCUUUUUCUA